AUGAGUAAUAAUAUCAAGAAUUCUCAUAAACUAGAAGAUGUAUAUGAUGAUUAAGGAUAUUUUUGUGGCUGCUUUAAAAAGAUCAGUAAUAUGGAAUAAAAUAGAACUAUAUAAACUUCAAAAGUUCGAAAUUCAAUGAAUAAAUCUGGUUUAGAUGGGAGUAAACAUUAUGCUUCAUCUUAAUUGAACAUAAUAAACUCAACUAAUUCUUAGUCAUAAAGAUAAAAUGUAAGUGUUGCAUCUCCAAUAGUUAGUAGUUUUGCAAUCACAACUUUCGAAAACAAUUAUUCCCAAAAUUAGUUAUUCUUGUUAAGAAAUACUUAAAGUGGAGAAUCAAUUUUUGCAAAGAUCACAUAAAUAGAUUUAAAAACAAAGAAAAUAUAAACUUCAGAUUUGAAAAAAUCAAGACUUUUUGAAUAGAAAAUUGAUAAUGAAAUAAUUCAAAAGAGUUAAUUUCAAGAUUUAACUGCUAAAUAUAUUGCUUGUCGUAUAAAGGAUUAAAUUACAACAUUAGCAGAAUAUGGAUGUGGAAAUGGUGGAAAUACUGUUUAAGUAUAAUUAUAAUUAAUAAAUAAUAGUUUACAAAAUACUUAGACUUUGUAAUUGCUAUUGAUAUUAAUACUGAUGCUUGUUUUUAAACUAAAUAAAAUUGUGAUUAAAGUGCAUUUAAUUUAGAAUUACCAAACCCAAAAGUAGAAAUAAUUAAUGCUGAUAUUUUCAAAUUAAAAAAGAAUCUACCAUUUGAUAGCAUUUUUAUUAAUCCAACUAUGAAUAAUGAACAAUAAAUCUGUAAAGAUAUUAUAAAAGAUUGCAGUCCAAAUCUUAAGGAAUUAUUGAAUCUAAUCUCUGAUUAAAUAGAAAAUUUAAUUAUUUAAUUUCCAGCUCAAAUAGACUAUUCUUAAUUGCCUUUACUAUUAAAUAUAAAUUAACAAUAUCGAAAUACUAAUAAAUAAUAAUCUCAUUGUUCAUUAGAGAUUGAAAAAGUAUAUAUUUAAGGCACUCAUGUGUAUAAUAUUGUAUAUUAUGGGAAAGUAGCCAAUGUUUCAAGAGAGGAGUUGAAAUAAUUACUAACUACUUAAUUGACAAAUUAGGAAACAAAUAAAGAUGGAUUUUAUUAAGUUAUUGCAUAAUUGAAUGAGAAAAUUGGUAAAAUUAUUAGUAAUAAUAAAUUUAGGUAAUUUAUAAUUAACUUAUGAAUUAUUAUAAGCUCAAAGUUAUAAAUAUAAUUUUGAUUAAUUUCUAAUAGCUGUUUGUGAAAAAUAUAAGUUAGAUUAUAAUGAUUAUGCAUUCUUAUUAUACUAGAAACUAUCAAAGUAUUAUAAAGAUUUAAAUAUAGAGAUUAUUCAUAAAAUUCUAAAUUUAGAGAUUCUAACAAUGUAAUUCAUGAAUCAGAGGAAUUUGAAUUUAGUUAAAAGUAUUCUUAUAGUUUAACUGGUUUAUCUUAAAAGGAGGAGGUAUGUAUUUUAGAAAGUUAAGAUUUAUAUAACUUCGAUUUAGUUGGAAUUAGUAAUGAAAAAUUAAAUUUAUGUAAAUGA